UCUGUAGCCAAGUGUUGUUGAGGUACGUCAGUAGAGCUGUGAGAUCCAGCACCUGCAAUUUCCUGAUUACUAUGUGUUCUUCUCUCUGUCCUCUCCAGCUUUACCUUGAGUUGGCAUGAUGCCAGGCAGUGAGGAACGGUGGCGGGAUGGGUCGGGUACAACUGCUGGAGCCCUUGGUCACUUGUUGGAACGUAUGACUAAUGACUUCACACCUCAACAUGAUUCCCAGCAUUACCAGCCAGGAUUUGUACCAUCAGCUACUCCUCCAUGGACAACAUCUAGCCAGACACCACUCACAAGUUUGGGGUCUCCAAUGCCUCCUCUGCAAACCUCACACACUAGCCUUGGGUCACAAAUUCCCCCACUGCAAUCAAAUCACACAAGUCUUGGGUCACAAGUUCCCUCAAUGCAAUCUGCACACAGCAACAUGGGGCCCCAGAUGAGUCCCUUACAGCCUCCCACAACUAGUGCUCCAGGGGGGCUACCUCCAGGACCACAGCUAACUGGGUCAGCUUCAAGGAGUUAUUCAGUAAGUCAGGAUUUAUUUUCUGAACUUGAUGGAGGACGCAGUCCACUCUUAAGAUCGUCCUCAGAUUUGGGCCUUCGUCUGAGUCAUUAUCAUGCUCAAGGAAGUCCAUACAAUGAUGGUAGACUGGAUGGAUUCAUGGAUUCAAGCAUGGACUCUCUUGAUGGUAUGCUGGUGGGAAGUCCUGACUCUGCUUUUUUCUUGGAAGUGCAAAGGGGACCAGCUGUGUCAUCGGGAACCCCUCCACUUCAGGGAGAUCCACAGGGUCUUACAUCUUCUGCAGUUCCUCACCCAGAAUUCAGUUUCUAUUCCCAUGAAAAUGACAGAAGAAUGGAAGGUGAAAGUGUCAGCAAUUUUUCUGCAAAGUUUUCCAAUUUUACUGCUUCCUUGGGAAGCUGGUUUAGUCCUCUCGAUCCUUUUCGAAGCAACCUCACAGCUGCACAGGCUAAAACUCCAUGUGUGACUCAGCCAUCAUCAGUUGGUACAGGUCUAGAAAGCUCACGAACAAGUGAGACUUUGGUGUCAUCCCAGUGUAAUGCAAAUGUCAGAAAUGUGCAGAUAGCUUCCUCUCUACCUACAAAGGCAAAUAAACCUUCAUAUUCAGAUGUCCUGAGUAAGAAUCCAGUACAGGAGGGUAAACUGAAUACUGGUGGACCAGCUGUUAACAGUCGGAGUAGUAGUAGCAACAGCAACAGUAGCAGCAGUAACGUAACGAGUCAUCCUCCACAGUCACCCUCUCCAGGCCCUACAACAUCCCGUCCGGAACAGAAGACUCGCAGUCAACCUGGUAGUAAUGGAAAGACUAAACCCCGCAACUCUUGCAGUAUCAGCAGCAAUGCUAGUAAUUGUAGCAACAGUGGCAGUAUUGGUCACAGCAGCAAACUAACUAGUAAAGGAGACAAUCACAUCUCCUCGUCUCGUGUUGGUUUGGAUGAGUUUGACUUGAAUGUAGGAAGCUUGAGCAAUGGAAGUAUUAGUGCAUAUGAGCAUUAUGACUGGGGUGAAGGUACAUCCAUCAUUCUUGGGAAUGGACCAUCAAUUUUCAAGACAUCAGCUAAUAGCCCAACACACCAACCCAAGAAAUUAUCUGUCAGAGGUGAUGUAAAAAAGAACAACUCUGAGAAGAUCAGCAACAGCCUCCACUGUGAGGGAGAGGAAAUGAAAGGCAGUGAUCAGCUGAACAACAAAGUGACAUCAACACAGCAGAAGCAACCACCUAGAAAGACUUCUUACAUCAACAACAUCCUGAAUGCAACCAGUUCACCCACAGUACCUACUGCAUCAGCGACAUCUUCUGGGUGUUCCUCUGCGAAUCCCCAGGCAACAGCCAACCACACUUCAACCAUUCCCAUCACGAAUAAUGCCACUGCUUCCAGUACCCUCAACUUCACUGUCACCAACAAUAAUAAUGACAGCGAACGUGGUGAUGGGAACAAGAUCAAGAGUACACAGAUGCCCAAGGAAGAUAAAAAGACCCAUGAUAUAGUUGGCAACACCAGCAGUGGAGGUCGACCGGGUGGACGAAACAAGACAACAGCAAAUGGUAGGGGUGAUCGAACUGAUCGAAACAGAGAAAAUCAGUCCAAGCGGCCUGUCAGAAAGCGGAAGGAAACCCCGUUUAUUAACCACUCGGAACUUGUAGCACAGGGCUGGGCAGUAGCAGUACAUUGGGUGGGCUUGGUGGUUCAAGCAGUGGUGUGGCUGGGAACUUUGGCUGCUGACGUGGUAGUCAUGAGUUCUCGCCUGUUUCUCCAUCUCAUGACAGUGAUAUGGGCCAGAUUCCUGGAAUACUGGCAUACUGUCAAGAUCAGUGUGCGACAUUACUGGGCCAGAUUAACCUCCACUUUCUGGAAGAAUGACAAGGAAGAGAAAAAGAUACCUGGUCGAGAAAAGAAAAUACCGAGGGGACUGGAGUGCAACAUAUCAUUGCCCACUACGGGCGAUGAAGCUAUGAAACGUCUCUUGGCAUGUAAAGGAAAAGAUCCAUACAGCAUUUUAGGUGUCACUCAGGAGUGUACGGACGAAGACAUCAAGAAGUAUUAUAAACGGCAAGCUUUUCUCGUACACCCAGACAAAAAUAAGCAACCUGGAGCGGAAGAAGCCUUUAAGAUUUUAGCUCAUGCUUUCGAAAUAAUAGGGGAGCCUGAGCGAAGGCGUGAAUAUGAUGCUCGCCUGGCAGAAGAGGUGCAGUUAGAAGGUGCUUGGGGGGAAUUGGCAUCUCUUUUAACAAGACUUCAAGAGAAAUUGGAUGAAGCGGCCAACACCAUACGUUGUACUAAUUGCAACAAGAGGCACCGUCGUGUCAAACUUCCUCGGCCAAUAUAUGCUGCAAGACAUUGUGCUGAGUGCCAGAUACACCAUGCAGCUAGAGAGGGUGACAUCUGGGCAGAAAGUACUUUUUUAGGUCUUCGGUGGAAGUACUAUGCCUGUAUGGAAGGUGCUGUGUAUGACAUUAGUGAUUGGGCCGCAUGUCAGAGUGAAAAUCUGAAGCAUCUGCAGGCUAACACCCACAGUGUUCAGUAUCGCAUUGUUUCUGGGAAAAAGAGCCCGCCAUCUAAAAACAACACCCCAGAAUUUCCAAGUGAUCCAGAUCUAGAGGAAUUCUUUAACAAUUUGUGUAAGGAAAAGUUUGGAAAGAAUUAUGCUUCAGGGAGUAGUCAGCCUGGUGGCCAACAAAUGUCUGAUAUGCGCAAGAGGAAGAACAAGAAGAAGAAAUGAUUAUGGGGCUAUGGGGGUGGGGGGGUUGAGGGGGGGUGCUGGGUUAGAGAACAUUAUCAUACAUUCAGUUUUAAGAAAAAAAUGUUGUUAAUGGAAAGCUUUUUUGGAGUUUAUUUUUUAUCUUAAAAGUACUGCUAAAAAGUAAUUAAGUCACUCUUGAGGAGCCUUGCAUGAUGUUGUUAGUGCAGCUGUGACUGGGUGUUGGUAGGUGGGAAAAUGUUACUAGCCUAUUUAAAAAAAAAAAAAAAAAUUCUGGCCUUAGUAGAGCAGCUAAAUUCAAUCUAGAAAUUGAGUUAACCAAACAGUAAAAUGAUUUUUAUUGAGAAAAACCAAACAAACUAUUCAUGAAAUGAAAUGUAUCAGUGGGUUAUUGAGUAGUGCUCAAUUGUAUACCGUGAAAGGUGGUAGAAUGUCAAGCCAUCGGCAAACUAUAUUUUUGCUGAAGAAAAACCAAUAGGUGUAUAGGCUUUAAAAGUCUGCUGAUUAUGUGAUUUAAGAACUAUUCAUAAAAAAUUCCAAAUUGCUUGCUUUAACAAUGUAUCUGGACUGCCCCUCUUAUAAGGUUUGGCAAUUACUGCUCUGCUAAGUCUAGUUGCAGCAUUACACUCACUACACAGUACUAUUUUGCAGGCAAUCUUAAUGUUGUUAUUCCCUCAAAAAUUCAUCACAUUUCAAAAAAAAUAAAAAUAAAUAUUUUUUUUUUUUCAAGCCAGAUUGCUUAGAAGUUCCAUUGAUAUUUUUUAUUUAACACUUCUCGUUUUAAAUCACUGGAAAGUUGCCUUUUUAAAAUUUUCUUCCUUAUAAGAAAUAAUGUGAAUACAGUAUGGAACAUAAUAAAGAUAUACAAAUUCCUAACUGUAUGUGCUGAGUGUAUAUUAUAUAUACAAGUUAUUUUAUGUUGGGUAUUUGUAGCUGUGAUUAUCAGUAUUGAAGAUAUUGUGCAGUUUCAAGGUGAAGUUCAUAAAAGGAAGUUUUUGCAAUUUUUUUAUUAAUAGGACCAUUGACCCAGGUAAGGAAGUAAGAACUUGGAUAUUUAAACAAAUCCAGUGAUAGUAAAAAUAAAGAUUAUAUAGUGGAAAAUUUUUACAAAUUUAAUGCUACAAUUCACUGGUAAAAUAUAAUCAAAUAAGUAUAUUCUAGAUAUAUUAUUUGUGUAUUAUUUUCAAAGAUUAUUUACUCAAAAUGUGAAACCAUCAUAUCCAUUUUAGUAAAAACCAGUUAUUAUUGUAAGUAUUUUGUGCAUCAACUUCCUCGGUUGAAAUAUAACUGUUUGAACCCAAAGGCUUCAAACUACAGUUACAAAUGCAUCGUAAGAUGGGGAGGCCUUUAGCUAUGUGAUUUAAAUGCAUAUUUUUUCCUAAUGGCUGAGUACCAUUUCAUUUUAAUUGACCAUGCACAGUUUACUUUCUUCAGUUUUUUUCUCAAUGUUAGAACUACAGUAUGUAGUGACAUUCUUGGCUCACUUGUGAAGGGUACACAUUGCAGCAUAGAACUCUCUAUUAUAUUCUGCUGAAUCUUAUUUUCUGUUAAUAUAGAAACUGUAACAAA